AUGACGAGCUUUGUGCCAUGUUUCGGUCCCACCCUGAAUGCGCCGGUGAAGUCCGCUGAGGAGAUGGAGUCUGGCUUGGCAGCCGCGAGGCAAGCUCUGCACCUGUUGAACCUGCACGAACUCAACUACACUGCCAAGGAGGAGGUUCUCAUUCAGUCCAUGGUCGCGCGAUACCCGGACCCUCCGUCCGGCAACAUCACGCUGCAGAUGGCAAGUAACAGGAAGUAUGCCUCUUUGCUGGGCAAACUGAGACAGGAGGAAAGCGUGCAAGCUGACGCCGAUCUCAAAGUCUUCCAGGCGGAAGCUCUGAUGAUACUGCUCUGCACACCAGAUCAAUGGCACUUCUAUGAGUCAAGAGGAGACAGUGCACCUGCUGUAGCCCGGGCAGAGACUCUGGAGAGCACUAAGCUUCUUCAGGAAGCCCUGACAGCAACAAAUCAGACACAUCCGUAUGCGCAGCAUAUGUUGAUACAUAGCACAGAGAUGUCCAACAACGACGUCCGCACAGCUCUCCAAGCAGCCCAUGACCUUCUGGCAAACACUGCAAAAUUGCAGGAUCAGCACCUGCAGCACAUGACCAGCCACACCUACCUCCGCGCUGGCUACUACCACAAGGCCCUGAUGAGCAACAUCGUGGCCGUUGGUACCGACUCGACCUACUUCAAGAACCACUGGAUGCCAUAUGGUCCCGGUCACAACUCUGCCUUCCUCGUCGCUUGCGCCCUCUGGGCUGGUGACCGAGCUGCGGCUUACAAGUACGUCAAGGUCGUCCAGCAGGUUUUCGAGCGAGUCCCGGAGCAGGCGGACUUCCCGGAUGGUAGCAUGGCGUGGAACUACCCGAUGAUGGUAGCUCUCCGCUUCGGGGAUUUCGACCUCGUCGAGGGCUUGGAGAAGGCCAUUCCAGCAGGGUUUGCCAGCAAGUGGAUCUACGGAGGCCACCUGCUGAUGCACUAUAGCCGUGCAGUGGCGGAGGCGCACCUGGGUCGCUUGGACUCGGCGCGCGAGCACCUGACCCAGCUUCGGCUGCUCAUGCCAACGAUCAUGGCGCAAAAUGCACAGUAUGGCAACCUUUCGAAUAUUGCAAACGACACCGCUUCGGCAGUUCUGGCGAUGGCUGAAGGCCAGACCGAGACGGCGUUGAAUGCCUUGGCACAUGCGGUGGAGGUAGAGAUGGCGAUGCCGUACAGUUUGCCUCCCAACUGGCUGCUGCCCACACGAGAGUGCUACGGCCACGCUUUGCUUGUCGCGGGGAGAGCGACUGAGGCAGAGAAAGUAUUCCGGGCCGCACUGCACGGCCAGUCCUUCCACGCCGAGCCUCAUUGUGGCUGGGCGCUGCUGGGCCUCCGAAGGAGCCUUCAAGCCCAGGGUGGGCACGAGGAUGAGAUCAAGGCCUUGCGACGCGAGAUCCAGGCGGUUUGGAAAUGGUCGGAUGUGCCAUUGAGGACUCCCUGCGCACAGAUGGACAUUGGUCCGCUGAAGUCUUUGAUCGGGCAUUACUUUGCAGCUCUUGUGGAGUUCUGGCUCCGUGAGUGCCCUGCUUUGCGCAGCCGCCGUGUGCUCGCGCGACAGCACGUAGACAUCGCCGAGCAGCACAACCAGCUGAAGUUUCUGGCCGACUUGGACCCGGUGGUCAAAGAUGCCACCUAUGUCGUCAUGUGGCACGAAGGGUGGGGAAAAGUCAAGGGCGAAACGUUCGAUGACUUCGACCUCGCCUGCAAGCGGUUCGAAGCCUUAGAGGGCGGACGCUUUGCUGCUAUUCUGGUGGACGGCCGCUUCAGGGAGCUGCGCUACUAUGGGACCCGAGGUGAUGUGGCGAAAGAGUUUUCCAAGUUCUGGAGCGAGAAUUACCAGGGUCUCGGGGCUCUUCACCUGGAGGCUGCGUUCCACCUCAGCCUGGCGAGGGGGCCAAGGGAGGUCGACGUGCUGGGCUCUCGCUUCUCCGGAGGUUUCUUACAUGAGUCGCUGUGCUGGCGGAUCUUAGAGGCAAGAAUACGCGUCCGCUUGGCUCGUCGGCCGGAGGUGGUCCAGGAGCUCCAAGACAUGCUCGGUGCCAGUCCUUCGUCGCGCUUCCUCUUGCGCGGCUGUAUUUUCUACGAGGACGAGCUUGUUCUACGCCACCGCAGUGCAGAUGCGACGGCACUGCCGGGCACCCUCGACGAAGAGCCGAGCAUCCUCAGCCUCAACGGGCCAGCUGGAUGGUGGACGUACUCGCCUGCCAAGCUCCUGGAAGCUCCGGGAGCAAAGGAUUCCCGGUGGGCGCUGCUGCAUCACAAGCGUUAUUGGUUGUCUCCCCUGCUCUGCCUGGAGCAGCCCGAUGGAAGCGUUUGUGCAGAAGGAGAUGAAGAGAUCAACCUCAAGAGCAUCGAAGCUCUCGAUGGUCCAGGAUUUCUCCAAGCCGUCGCGGACAGCAAGCACCUGAAGGCUCGAAAUCCUGUGCUGGUCUCCGAGGUCCGCCUGCGUGAGCCAGGGAGGUGGGAAGAGGUGUCCCGUGGCUUCGUGCUUCCGCCGAAGUGGAGCAUGGAACCCCCGACAUUGCCGGAGGACAAACUACUGGACAAAGGACUCAAGAAGUCCGUGGUGGCGCAGGCCUCCAUCACGCGGCUGCAGCGAGCCAUGGAGCAUGCCUUGCAAUCUGCCGGCAGCCUUGACGAGUGGUGGGCCGAGGUCGAGCGCCUGGAGUCUGUAGCCGAAGACACAGAGCGGCGAUCAGCAAAGGAGCAAGAGCGCCGGCAGAACGAACUCUGGAGGCCUCCGCCUCCGGCAGAUCCGCUCAGUGAUUCGCAUUGCCUUGCGGAAGCUCUGGAGCAGCGAUGGACCGUCGCACAGACGGAGGAGGAGCAGCAAAGUGCGCGGAAAGCUUUGCUGUGUCGGCUAGCCGAUGCACCGCUGCUAACUGAAGAGCUGAUCCACACCCUGCUGGACCUUACGAAGCGCUGCAGUCAGCCGCGGCCUUUGGCCCACGUGCUUCUGGACGGCGGGCAGCACGUCCUGCGACGGCGCGGGAAGGAUGUGCAGGAUCAGCCAAUGACUCGAGCUGCACAGGAGGCCUGGGAAGAGCUGCAGCGUCUUGCUGGCGACCCGCUGGAGGAGUGCUGCUGCCCGAAGAUCGUGGCAAAGGCGUGCAAAAUGCUGUCUCUGGAGCCUUCACUAGCACAAGGCCGCGCUGGCGUUGUGCAGGAAGUACUGGGACACUUCCGUGCCUUCGGGUAUCCGGCGGAAGCGAAGCCCUCCACGCAUCGAGAGGCAACGCUCACAGGAGCCUUGCAACUCUGCGGCCUGCGUUUGGAGCGCUUGGGUCAGCGCCGAGCUCUCCGACAGAUCGCCGAGGAAUGGAACUCGGAGGCAGACGCUGAUGCCGACCUGCUGGAGGAUGUUUGCUGCAUCACUCAAGGAUGCCACAAGUCUUGCCCCUCCCGCUGCUGCGUGGCGCGCUGUAGCUGCGAGUGCUGCUGCAGAUGCAGCUGCAGCCUGGAGCUUGAAGAUGAGGAGGUGCGGCCUCUGAUCGUCUGGCUCGCAGCCAACGGAGAGCUAGCCCCCGCUCGGGCCGCAGCGCGCGGCGAGGUUUGCGGGGAAGUCCGUGCGAAGGCACUGGAAGCUGAGCUGCAGGGCCAGAUGGAGGAGCACGGUGUCGUUCUGGGCCGAAGGCAGCGGCGCAAACUCGCAGGCGCCGUUGCCCCUUCGCCAUCUCUGCGACGUGGAGCUGCUGCGGCGGAGGGCAGCAAGGUUCUGCCUGAGCUGAUACUCCCUGGCGAUGUGGAAAUCAUAUGGGUGGACAAGGACUUGGCGACGGCAACAGAGGAUCUUUUCCGAAGAGCAGCAGACGAGGGCGGCAUCAUUGCCUUGGAUGCAGAGUGGAAACCUUUCAGAACAGGGGAGCCACCAACGCCGCUGGAGUUAGUGCAGCUCGCUGUGCCUUCGGCCUGCUUCCUCCUGGAUAUCCCCCGCCUCCGCCAAGACGAGGAGGUGGCGCUCCGCACGUUGCUGGCGCGGCUCUGCAAGGAUGCGUUGCUCCUGGGAUUUGGGCUCCUACAGGACGCGGCGAAGGUUGCUGCUGAAGGCCUCGGCAGGAUGGAAGCCGCCAGGUGCCUGGACCUGCAGGAAGACGUGAAGCGACCGUCCGGAGGCAACGGUCUCGCUGAGAUCCUGCGCGCCUCACUGCACCGGUCAUUGCCGAAAGAGGAGCAGUGUUCAGACUGGUCCUUGCGGCCUCUCACGGAGAAGCAGCGGCGCUACGCUGCACUGGAUGCUUGGGCGCUGCUCCAGCUCCUCGCGGUCGACUACGGUUCGGCGCCGGGUGCCGGGACCGUUCUCGCUGCGCAGGAUCUGGCCCUGUGCCUCAAAGACGUCGUGGCACCGGCACGGCCCUUGCUGUUGCCAUUGGGCCCCGAACAUGUAGACCUCGCCUUUGAGAAGCUGUCCCUGCCCGUUCAGGAGGCCACCCCAGCAACUGCAGACGCUGUACAGUGCAAAACGCUGGGGCUGGUCGGAAUUGCAUCGGAGGAGGUGACCCGAGUCAAUGCCCAGCAACGCUGUGCCGUUGUUGUCCUCCGCUUCGAGCACCAACUCUGCAUGGCCAACGCGAGUGAGGCACUCGGGAUGAGUCGGCUCCGCCUCGCCAAGCGCCGGGAGCUGCCGCUGCUCUUCGGCUACGAGGCAUGGGUGCCGCAGCUGCAUCUUGAGAAGAGGCCACAGCACCUUACUCCGCUCAGAGAGCUGGAAGGUUUCGUUGCGCGACCCACUUGA